AUGGAUCAAAAACACCAGAAUCCAGACGAACUCGGUGAAGGAGCCGUGACUCGGGAAGAAAUCGAGCGAGAGCGCGAAGAGGAGAGAGAGGGAGGAAGCCACAUCGCUCCUGAUACUGAUAUCGAUUCGAAUGACUCGGCAUAUGGCGAUGAUGCCGUCACGGAAACGACGUCGAUUUCAUCCUGGAUACGAGAUUAUCGAGUUGAGAAUGGACGGACGUACCAUUCCUUCAAGGAUGGGAAGUACUGGGGUUCGAACGACGAAGAAGCCAACGAACACCUCGAUAUCGGACACAACCUAUACAUGAAGACGCUGGGCGGACGAUUGUUUCUCGCCCCGAUUGGGCCGGCUCCCGAACAGAUUCUUGACCUGGGCACCGGCACGGGCGCGUGGGCCAUCGACGUGGCGGACAUGUACCCGUCCGCGCUUGUGAUCGGGACGGACCUAUCACCAAUCCAGCCUACAUGGGUGCCGCCCAACGUGCGGUUCGAGAUCGACGACAUGGAAGCCGAAUGGACGUUUUCCGAAAACCAGUUCGACCUGAUCCAUAUCCGUGGACUGCACGGCUCCAUCGACGACUGGCCGGCCCUAUAUGCCCAAUGUCUCCGCUGUCUCAAACCCGGCGGAUACCUCGAGCAGGCCGAGUACUCGGCCCAGUUCAGCAGCGACGACAACAGCUGUCUGCCUGACGGCGGCAUCGCCGCCUGGAACAAAGUCGGCCCGGAAUGUCAUCAAAAACUGGGCCGUGAGCUGCAGGUCCUGGAAUCCAUGAGAGACCAUAUGGUGGACGCGGGCUUCGAAGAUGUCACGGAACAUCGGUUCAAGUGGCCCAUCGGGCCCUGGCCCCGGGAUCCCGUUCUCAAGGAAAUGGGUCACUGGGCUCGCGCACAUGUCGAAACCGGUUUGGAGAAUUGGACCUUGCGUCUGCUCACCUCCGUGCUGGGCUGGACCGCCGAUGAGGUCAGGAUCUUGUGUGCCAAUGUUCGUUCCGAAAUCAGAAAUCCCAAAGUCCAUGCCAUUCAUCGUAUGAAUAUUGUCUAUGGUCGGAAACCGGGCGGGUCGACACAAUCGCCACCACGAUCACCGCCAGCGCCGCAACAGCAGCAGCAGUCUACCAGUAAUGACUGA